AUGGAGGAAUAUAUAACAUUAUUUUCACUCUCUGGAAUUUUGGGAAUAGGUGCAACGUUAUCGUAGGUUCUACGCUCUCUUAAUAAACUCAAAGAAAAAUAUAAAUCCUAUCAAUUAGUUAAACAAUUCACUCCAACAUAGCUGAUCCAAUAUUUCAAUUAAGAGAAAAAAACUAAUAUAUAGGUAUUUGUUUCUGGUGAAUUGAUUUCUUAAAAACCAUUAGCUUCUAAAUUCCCAUUGAUUUGGAGCCAAAAAAUAAUCUAUGAUCUAUACAACAAUAAUAUGUAAUUAAAUAUUAAUUGUAAUAGAAAAAAGUUAAAGAAAAUUACUUCCUAAGGCGUCACUCAAAUAAGCAUUGCUGAUUCUAAAUUUUAAGUGGAUAUAUUGAGAAGCACAAAUUUCAAUUGCUAAGCGUCAUUAACACAUAUAUAGGACAUCUUUUAUCCAAAGAGAUUAUCCAUUUUUUAAAGAAUCACUAAUUUUAUUCUUAGAACAGUUAAUUAGGCGAGAUCAGAAAAAAUACCUUUUAGAGGAUUUUCAAUUGGACUAUUAGAAAGAGAGUAUGGCAUAUUAGCUGGAGACUCUUAUGUUAUUUAUGGAGAAAUAUUUUUUGAUAAAUAUUUAAAUAAACUAUUUUUGUAGAAUCCAAAACACAUUUUAAGAGACAAAAGAUAAUUACUUAGAUUUAUUGAAACAUAAAUCAGAUAUAAGAAUUUUUAGAUUAUUAUCUUAUUGAUGGCAAUAUUUUUUUUAAUUUAUUAUUUUUCAAAGAAUUUCAAGAAAGUUAUUUUUAAAUUGAUUAGACAUAGAUAAAUAUAUAAAUUAAAGAAACUAAGAGGACUUAAACAUAUUUUAAUUAAUAAUUUUGAAUGUUAAAAUUGUUAUCAAUAACCUAAAAAUAUUAUACAUUUACCAUGCAAACAUAUGGUAUUUUGUUAAAGUUGUAAAUAAGAAUUAAAUAUAUCAAAAUGUCCGAUCUGUAAAUAGAAAAUAGAAGAACUUGUUGAAAUUUAUAUAACCUGA